AUGGAUGGAAGUCAAUCUGCUGUCCUCGCUGCCGGGCCCCGAGUCUCCCCGCCCGCCCGGACAGUGGGGCCCCGCUCCCCACAGCGGCCCCGAGUCUCCCCGCCCGGACUGCCAGUUCCUAAAAUGGCCGCCUAUGGCUUCACUCCUAUUGUCUUCAAUAAGAAACUGCCAGUAUUUAAGAUGGCCGCCUAUGACUUCACUCGCAUUGACUUCAAUGGGAGACUGCCAGUAGUUAAGAUGGCCGCCUAUGACUUCACCCCUAUUGACUUCAAUGUAGCCGUUGAGUCCAUUGGGGAGCGGCGGACAAAAUACUCACCGAUGUCCCCGCUCCCCAACCCUGAGUCUCCCCGCUCCCGGACAGGUUUAGAAGCCCUUCCUGUGGACGGAGAGACGGGGACCAAAGGCUUCAAGUUGGCCAACAACCUGUUGAGGCACCAGCGCACCCACACCGGCGAGCGUCCCUACACCUGUGCCCAGUGCGGCAAGGGCUUCACCCACUCCAGUAGCCUGCAGGUGCACCAGCGCACCCACAAUGGCGAGCCCCCCUGCACCUGCGCCCAAUGCGGCAAGUGCUUCACCCGCUCCACCCGGCUGCUGUCCCACCAGCGCUCCCACACCGGCGAGCGUCCCUACACCUGUGCCCAGUGCGGCAAGGGCUUCACCCACUCCAGGAGUCUGAUGAAGCACCAGCGCACCCACACUGGCGAGCACCCCUACACCUGCACCCUAUGCGGCAAGGGCUUCACCUGCCCCUCUAACCUGCUGAUGCACCAGCACACCCACACUGACAAGCGCCCCUUCACCUGCGCCCAAUGCGGCAAGGGCUUUACCAACUCUGGCACCCUGCAGGUGCACCUGCGCACCCACACCGGCGAGCGCUCCUACACCUGCACCCAGUGCGGCAAGGGCUUCACCCAGUCUAGUGACCUGCAGAAUCACCAGCGCACCCACACUGGCGAGCGCCCCUUCACCUGCGCCCAGUGCGGCAAGGGCUUCACCAACUCUGGCACCCUGCAGGUGCACCGGCACACCCACACCAGCGAGCGCCCCUACACCUGCACCCAGUGCGGCAAGGGCUUCACCCAGUCUAGUCACCUGCAGAAUCACCAGCGCACCCACACCGGCGAGCGCCCCUACACCUGCGCCCAGUGCGGCAAGGGCUUCACCCGUUUCUCCAACUUGCUGUCCCACCAGCGGAGCAGCGGAACGUGUGAACAGCAGUCACCAUCAUGGCUGAUGGAGCGGACCAGGGAGGAGAUCCAGUGGCCUCGACAACGAGGACAGACGACGCUUAAAACUGUGCACCCCAGUGUUCCCACAGACCCCUAG